AUGGCCAUAAUUAAUUAUCUCUUCAUUACCUUUGCGUAUGCCUUCGGAUCUCUGCUAUUCAAUCCUGCGAUCUCUUCUAGUAUUCAGGAACCCAACGCCUUUGGGAUCUCUAACGUUUGUAAUGGCUCUAUUGCCUGUUCACUCAUCAAUUCCAACUGGCCGAGCGGAAAAGCAUUUGAUUGUGGAGAUAUACCAGUUCACUCGUCAUCCUUUGCUUCUGCCACCCCUUACAUCAUGAUGGGUGAAGGAAAACCCAUAGUAAAUUCAAGUGCCUCGUGGCCCUCUGCAGUUACUCCCGAGUGCCAAAACACCACAGCCGGAGAACGUUACCAAUACUAUAAUGGAGUUUGGACUGCCUACUAUUCGAUCAUCGCCAAUUGCGGUUGUCUAGGAACUGGAGAAAGCGCGCUUCCCAAUUGCACUGCUGCUACCUCCCAAUCGAGUGCGGCUUGUAAUAUCGCAAUGUUCACAUUCUGUGCAAUGAAACGGGGUGAUGUCACUUGCACCUAUAUAUGA